UCUGGCAACAACGACCGACCAAGCGACGAGCAAGCAGCAACGGCACAACAACAACACUCACGCGUCGGCAUCAACCACCCCAGGACUCAAAGCCAACAGCAGCGCAGCAGCAGCACCCACCAGCACCCUCCGCCUUAUAUUGCGUCGCCUGACCAGGAGGAGCGCACCCCCACCCACCCCGCCACCGCCAUGACCAUCGACCUCGGCCAACUCCUCGACGAGCUCGAGAAGUGGCUCGAGGAGCAGGUGCCCUCCAACUUGCACGAGCUGCCGACCAAGAUGCUCGAGACGGUCGAGCGGGUAUCCAAUGAUCUGAUCGCGUCGCUCAACAUGCACGGCCCGCCGUCCAUCUCGAUCCCCUUCCCUCCCUUCAACAAGGAGAGCGCGCCGCCUCCCCCGCCUCCCCCGGCGCCGAGGCUCGCCUCCAACGCGUGCGGAAAGGCCACGUCCCUCGCGCGCAAGCACCCUCUCCUGUUCACCGCUGGCGCGGCCCUCGCCAUCACGGCCGGCGUUGGCACCGUCGGGCUCCUCACUGGCGUGGGUCCGUUCGGAAAGUACGCAACAGAGCUGCGCCGCCGCCACCGCUUUGGCUCGCGCGGCGUCGUCGAGGACGGCAUGCUGAAGGAGGCUAUUGUCAUCCUCUCGCCGAGCCCCGUCCCGCCGCUUCUCGUGCCCCUCGCCGCGUCCCUCCUCAAGGCGGGGUACAUUGUCAUCGUGGCCGUACCCCAGGUCAAGGAGGCCGAGGCGCUCGAGCGCCGCCUGAGCGGGCUCAACGAGCGCAACGCGCUCCGUGUCCUCAUUUAUGACACUGAGAACUCCGCCACUUUCCCGCCCUUCCACCGCUCGCUGCUGGCCACAUUGACGCUCCGGUUCCCCUCGGCGGGCCACUCGGGGCAGUACACCGCCGGCGACCCGUACAACCCGCACCCGGGGCACAUUCCGCGCAUCCACGCGUUCGUGUCGCUGUACCCGCUCAACCCGUCGCCGCCUUCCCAGCCAGCAGCGCUGCCGGCGCUCCCCGCGCUCGUGUUGCCCGGACCCACAGGCCACAUUCCGAUCCUCGUCACGCUCUACCCCUCAAGCGCGACGCUCACAAACCCAGGCGCGUUCGCCAACCAGGUCCUGACCUCGAACCACCGCUUGCUCGGCGCCAACCUCUCGGCCGCGAACAACGUCCGCGUGAUUUCCGUCUUCCUUGGCCAGAUCACCCUCCCGACCCUCCCCGCGAUCAUCACCGAGGGCCGUGCGCUCUCGCGCCGCGAGCAGGCCAAGCAGCGCUUGCGCGAGUCGACCGCGUCCGCGACCGCCACAUUCACGGUGCUCCGCGAUCUUGUCGUUGGCGGCCUGCGCUCAGUGUACCGAAACAUCGCCGCGCAUGUCGGAUAUGGCGCCCCCGCGCGCGACUAUGCGCAGUUCGAGUCUCGCUUGCUGCGGAUAAUCAAGUCGCGCUGCGGUCACCAGUACUACAUUGGCCAGCGGGCGUGGCUGCCAUCGUUGCUGCAGGUUGUGCCUCCGCGCGCACUGCCACGCGUGCUGGCAAUCUUGCCAGAACUGCCGUCCGAGACUGGACCGGCUCCCGCCCCUCCACCCAAGUCGCUCUCUUCGGCAGCUUCCUCUGUGCCUCAGUCGCGCUCGGCCUCGAGCAGCGACCACGAGGGCGGCGAGGACCUCGCGUCGUCAAUCCACACCGCCGGCACAAACCACUCGUCGGCCGACAGCAGCGGGCUGGAGGGCAGCUGGGUGGGCCUUGACCCCGCCACGUAGCUGCCCCAGCAGCCGUAGUAUGUAAGAGGUGUGAGAUGCGCGCAUGUAUGUACAGGUCUUCGCAUGCAAGAUGUGUGAUGGUUGCGA